CUUCCACAUCGGACACUCUUCUUCUGCCUACGAUCAGAACUUUUAAGUAACAAGCUCGGUUUUCAUAUCUACUACCCGUCACUAAUUAGCUACCAGCGACUCGCUCGCCACUACUUCUACCAACCGGCUAUCCAGCCGUGCACCCCACGCUCGUUUUUUCGCCUUCUCUUCUCUCUGUCUUGCAAGAGACCUCGAUCUCGAUCUCGAUCGCCAGAUCGACAAACCUCAGCAUCGCCUCCAACCGGACCAUACGCCACACGCCCUCUCUUGAUCAUGUUCAACCUCAACCUCCCUACUCUCCUCACGGCCAUAAGCCUCCUCUCGCUCAUCGACCCCGUCACGGCGUUCGACUACAAAUCCGCCAUCCAGAGUUCAAACUCGAGAGGACCUUCCGGGGUGGUCCCGAACCGUUACGUGUUGGAGUUUGAUAACAGCGAAGACGCUAGGCAGGUCGCUAAACGAGACGGAAGUGCCAGUCUACACGACCACAUCUACUCUCAACUCCGCGCCAGGGGCAUCGAUUACUCCGUCGCACAGACGUACGAUUCGGAUUUGUUCGUCGGGGCUAGUGUCGGGUUGACCAACUCUGAUGAUUAUGAUACGCUCGCUGGCAUGACCGGGAUCUCGGCUAUCUGGCCGGUCAGUUAUAUCCCCGCUCCUCUAGCCUUUACCUCUUCAUGGGGUGAAGACCAGAAGACCGGUUACCACCCGGAAUGGAACGUGGAGAACCUCGCUCGGGCGGGUACGAAACGGGCUUUCGAGGACGUCAUGCUCGAACGCCGCAAAAACAACAAGCACUCGACAACGACUUCCACUAUGCCUAGUUCGACUUCUGCUGCUACGCCCGCGCCUUCGGCCGUGUUGAACAACACUGCGCAGCCUCAGGCGAUGGUACCGAACGGGUACGGCUUUUUGCCCUUGUCCGGUGUCGACCGGGUUCACGCCGAGGGUAACACUGGACAGGGCGUCAAGAUCGCCAUCGUCGAUAGCGGAGUGUUUUAUACCAACCCUGCCCUAGGUGGAUGUUUCGGACCCGGAUGCUUGGUAGCCGGGGGUAGGGACUAUGUGGGGGACGAAUUCGACGGUGUGAACGGUUUGGCACCGGACAACGACCCGUUGGAUUGUACGGGUCACGGGACGUUCGUCAGCGGGAUCGUCGGCGCCCAGCUUCCCAACCGCUAUAACGUCUCUGGUGUCGCCCCUGGCGCUUCCAUCUACGCCUACCGAGUGUUCAGUUGUUACAGCGCUACGACCAACGAUAUCGUCGCCAAGGCCAUGGAGGACGCUUUUACCGACGGGAACGAUAUCAUCAACCUCUCUUUGGGGGAGACGAGCUCGUGGUCUGGUUCCAUGUUGAGCGUGAUCGGAGCCAGGAUCGCUGCCCGUGGGGUUUCGGUCAUGGCCUCGGCCGGGAACGGAGGGUAUGCGGGGACGUUCUACACGGAAUCCCCCGGGACCGGGGUGGACGUCCUCAGCGUCGGAGCCGUGGAUAACGUCAAUUUCCCGGGCCAAAACGCGACCCUUUCGUUCCGUCAACAACCUCUGCAGUACAUCGGUCUGGACAACAUCGAAGCGGGCACGUUCCCCUUGGUCUCGUUUACCAACGGUGCUGCCAGCAAUAACGAUGGGUGUCCCGUCCCCGCCGACUUGGCCGGGAUCGAUUUCAACACGACUGUGCUCAUCUACCAACAGUCGAACGCUACGGGAUGUGAUAUCUACACCCAAGGUUACGCUUUGGCAGACGCGGGUGUCCAGCGAGCUCUGUUGAUCGCCUCGCCGGGAGCCGAGAUCUUGCCCCCUCGAUUCGGGUUCCAAUUGGGAGUCAUCAGUUAUGCCGACGGACAAGAGAUCUUGCAACAGAUCGCUCAGGGGAACCGACCUUUGGGGACCUUUGCUUUCGCUCCGAACGCCGUGGCGAACCCUCUCACGGGUGGGCUCGUUUCCCUCGGAUCCGCACUCGGACCUACCAACGACAUGUACAUGAAGCCUCAGCUCGUCGCACCCGGUAACAACAUCGUGUCGACCGCCCCGACCGCCUCUGGGUUCGGUGCAUCCGGAGGUACCAGUUACAGUUGCUCUUACGUCGCCGGUGUAGCCGCGCUCUACCUCUCUGCCAACGGCGGUCGAGCCUCCUCGGGGAUCUCGGCUAGGGAGAUCACCCGCGCGUUGGAGAUCACCUCGAACCCCUUGCCCGUGAGCAACACCGACUCGAGGUUGAACACGCUCGCCAUCGCCGGAUCAGGUCUCAUUCAAGCCUACGACGCCAUCCACACUCCGAUCAAGGUGUCCAAGUCCGAGUUGUUGUUGAACGAUACCGCCAACUUUGCGGAUUACCAGACGUUUGAUGUCGUCAACACCGGCAACGACAGGCUCAAAUUUACCCUCUCGCAUACGCCCGCGCAGACCGCCUACUCCUUCAAGCAGGGCUCGUACGAGAGCGAACUCGCCCCCGUACCCCUUGUCGACAAUGCCGCCCGGGUCAAGUUCGUUCCUCCCGUCCUCAACCUCAAACCCGGUCAGAGCAAGACGGUCGUGGUCAAGUUCGAUCUCCCGCAAGGACUGGACGAGCGACGGCUUCCCAUCUACUCUGGUUUCGUUCAGGUCCAGGCUGGAAACGGCCAGUACCAAGUCCAGGUACCUUACCUCGGCGUGGCGGCUAGCAUGAAGUCGUUCCCCGUCCUGGAUUAUACGACGACUUAUACCAAGGGAGACGCCUUGCCCAACUUGGUCGACGGAAGCAUGAGCGUUCAGAAGGGUCCUCAAACUUACACCCUGAACGGGACCGAUGCGCCGACGUUGAUGUACCGACUCUGGGUCGGCUCUCCGUUGUUGACCGUCGACCUGAUCACCCCGAACCAAUCGUUGCCCUUCAAGCCGACUAUCGAUUCUCCGACUUACUCCAUUCCUCCUACCACCAACACUGGUGCUCAGCCCAAGCCUGGACCGGGCAAGGGACCUCAUGGCAACCACGGUAAACAUCUCGGAGCUGGUCCCCUAAGCUGGUGGAACUGGAACGGCGGGCAAGGCGGCCCCGCCUCGGGCGUGGACUAUGAGGAUGCCCAGAUCGUCGGGAACGUCUACGAACGGGUAUACAUCCCUCGCAACUCUGAUGGACAGGACGGAAACGGGAUCUACAACUAUGCUUUCAAUGGAACGUUCUCGAACGCAACCGCUGUGUCUGACGGUAGCUACCGACUCCUCGUCCGAGCGCUGAGAGUCAGCGGAAACGCGGACGAUGAGGCUGAUUACGAUUCUUGGGUCUCGCCGGUCGUGAACAUUGCAAGGCCCGCUUAAGCCCAAGACACAAGACUGGGCCCCUCAGAUAGGCCUGUUUGGUAGAUCAGGACGAACGCCAAAAAUGGACGAUUUCGCGCACGGUUUCGUGUCGGUAAAGGAAUGGCUAGACUGGAAUGGACGCUCGGUGCUUUCUUCGAUUUCUUUGCUCUUUGUAAUUGUUGACGUUAUCACGACCGCUUCUCAUCUUGCUCUUGACGAUGUUGAUUUGAGAAUAUCGAAGCCUGUCUGUGAGAAAG